UAGAAAAAUUAAAUCUUGCUUUCAAACUAGAUCAAAUUAACAGUUGAGGAGGUGGAAUGAAAAUCAUUUGAAAAGGAAACGACGUCGUGUGCAAUUGAUCGUGUCACUGUAUGACUAGAUACAGGACGAGCUCAUCGGAAAUGAAGCAGCAUUCUUCCCAAAGCCAUGGUUGUUCUCGGACGCGAAGCCUGCCACUCUGCUAUACCCUUGCCACACUGUUCCUUUCAUAAACCAAAAUUUUCAAAACCUCAUCCCUUUGUUUGCUCAAAAUCCGUGAGGCCAUCGUUGCCUCUGUUCGCUGCUCAAUCCACUCCACCUCAUCACUCUUCACCCUCCAUUUUUCUCCCUUUCCUAGAAAAAGAAGAAGAAGAACCGAAAGCAGAAACUCAACAAGAGCAAGAAAAUGAAAAGGAUGAGAAGUGCCUUACAGACCCAAUCGUUAAAUUCUUUAAGUCCCGCACUUCAACCGAAGACCCGCCGCGUCCAGGCAAGUUCUCCCUCCAGAAAAACCGCCGCACUCUUUGGCGUCUUGCCCCUGACAUCGAAUCCGACACCGAACCUGAUAUUGAAGACAUUUUUAUCAAAGAUGAAAAUCAACAAAUGGGUUCGAAUUCAAAUUCAUUGCCCGACGGAGUUGUAGGGGAAAUAAUCAAUCUUGCAAGGGGCUUGGAAGAGAAUACAACAUUGGGAGAGCAAUUGAGCGCUUAUGAAGGGAGGAUUAAUGCAAUACAAUGUGUAGAGGUUUUGCAGCUGAUGGGCGAGGAGGGUAUGAUCACGUGUUGCUUAUAUUUCUUUGAGUGGAUGCGAUUGCAGGAGCCAUCUCUUGUCACGCCUCGUGCUUGUACUGUUCUGUUUCCUAUAUUGGGAAGGGCAAGGAUGGGUGAUAAGUUGAUGAUUCUAUUUAGGAACUUGCCGCAGACUAAGGAAUUUCGAGAUGUUCAUGUUUAUAAUUCUGCUAUUUCUGGUCUUCUUUGUUGUGGAAGGUAUGAUGAUGCUUACAAGGUGUACGAGGCCAUGGAAUUAAACAAUAUCUCUGCAGACCAUGUGACAUGUUCUAUAAUGAUUACCAUCAUGAGGAAAAAAGGCUGCAGUGCAAAAGAGGCUUGGGAGUUCUUUGAGAAAAUGAAUCGUAAAGGAGUCAAAUGGAGUCCAGAAGUCCUAGGUGCUCUAAUAAAAUCAUUCUGUGAUGAGGGACUAAAGAGCGAAGCCCUAAUUAUCCAAGUUGAAAUGGCAAGGAAAGGGAUAACUUCAAAUACAAUUGUGUACAACACAUUAAUGGAUGCUUAUAAUAAAUCCAACCAAAUUGAAGAAGUUGAAGGUCUCUUUACUGAGAUGAAAGGAAAAGGCCUCAAACCUACAACUGCUACCUUUAACAUUCUUAUGGAUGCUUACAGCAGAAGAAUGCAGCCAGAGAUAGUUGAGAAAUUACUGCUAGACAUGGAAGAUGCAGGAUUAGAGCCUGAUGUCAAAUCAUAUACAUGCCUAAUAAGUGCAUAUGGGAGGCAGAAGAAGAUGAGUGACAUGGCUGCAGAUGCAUUCUUGAGAAUGAGGAAAGUCGGUAUAAAGCCUACUUCCCAUUCUUAUACAGCUCUUAUCCAUGCUUAUUCUGUCGGUGGAUGGCAUGAGAAAGCUUACAUCACAUUUGAGCAUAUGCAACAGGAAGGAAUCAAACCCUCUGUAGAAACUUACACAGCUCUACUGGAUGCAUUUAGGCGUGCUGGUGACACCCAAAUGCUGAUGAAAAUUUGGAAACUGAUGAUAAGUGAAAAGGUUGAAGGGACAAGGGUGACAUUCAACAUUCUUCUUGAUGGGUUUGCUAAACAAGGUCGAUACAUUGAAGCAAGGGAUGUGAUAUCUGAAUUUGGGAAGUUGGGCUUACAGCCAACGGUAAUGACAUAUAAUAUGCUGAUGAAUGCAUAUGGACGGGGAGGGAGACACUCGAAAUUGCCGCAGCUAUUGAAAGAAAUGGCAACUUUGAGUCUAAAACCUGAUUCUGUUACUUACUUAACCAUGAUCUAUGCAUAUAUUCGUGUUCGUGAUUUCAAAAGGGCAUUCACCUAUCACAAGAAGAUGGUCAAAAGUGGGCAAGUACCAGAUGCCAAGUCUUAUCAAAAGCUUAGGGCAAUAUUGGAAGAAAAAGCGAAAAUAAAGAACAGGAAGGAUAGAAGUGCCAUACUUGGUAUAAUUAAUAGCCAAACGGGUUGGUUGAAAGUUAAGAAGAAAGGAAAGAAAGACGAGUUCUGGAAGCACAAGAAAAGGCAUCCAGGAAUGCAUAAUGCUGCUCAUGAGUCAUGAUGGAGAGUGAUUAUGAUUUUUGCGUAGCUCUAUAAUGUGAGAAAGCUCAAGUGACCUGUAUUGGAGUUCUGCAGGGAAUAUCUAUCUUCUGCUCAUGUAACAACCUAUACUCCAGAGUGUGAUAUUUCAACAUGGUCUUAGCUAUUAAAUAGAGAAAGGAAAAAUCCAGCUAACCACAUGAACAUGCUUACACUGAAAAACUACAAUGGAGCAUUUUUCAUCAUCCUAUAUGAAACAUUACAAGAGCAUUUGGCUACAAUUGAUUUUUUCAAGUCUCCAGAUAAUGCUACAGGUAAUUCUCUCUCCAUAUUUCAUUGUGUACAAAAUUUUCAUUCUUUUGAUGAAUCCUUGGUCUAGAAAUCUUUGUAAUAUUAGAAUAUAAACUCUAUGAACAUCUAAAAUUUGCUUCUUUGUGUUAAUACUGUUUCCUGUACUAAUGGUAUAAGUUUGAUCGUUGGCUGAUCAGUUAUUUGUCA